UAAGUUUUUUUGUCGGUAAAAUUUACAGGCUUUCUGGUGUUGCAUAUCUUUGGAGUCAUCAUCGUCGAAGGCAUUGGUCUGUGAUUUCGUCGCUGUUUGACUACUUCGUCUACAGUCGAGGAUUUUGGUGAGAUCUCCUCUCCACCGCCGUCACUCCCACUGCCACUCCUCUCUACCACUGCUGCACGGAUCCAUGGCAGAGUCAGCAAGUCUCCUCCAUGGCCUCCAGGAUGACAUCUUCAUGUUUGAGAUCCUCCUUCGCCUGCCCCCCAAAUCCCUCCUUCGCUGCCGUGCAGUCUGCCACGACUGGCGCGGCGCCACCUCCGACCGCGACUUCCUUGUCGCCCACCACGCCCGCCAGCCCUCAUUCCCCCUCCUUUACGCUGAAAUUGACGACCCAUCAUCCAUAGACAUCCUCAUCCCCUUGCCCUCCGACCACCGGGCAGACGACAAGCUCCAGUCCGUCGCCCGACUUCGUGGUGCCGACGACCUCACUCCCGUGGCCUGCUGUGACGGCCUCCUUGUCUUCACCACCUGGGGGGCUGAACGCCUCUCCAUCUGCAACCCGGCCACUCGUCAGUAUGCACGUCUCAACCAGCUUGAUGGCUUCACGGUUUUCGGGAUGUACCCACACAGGCCUACCAGCGAGUACCGACUACUGCUCUGCGUCUGCCCGGAAACUGAUGCUCAAAGUGGCUUUUACGUCUUCACAUUAGCCUCUGACCAGCAGCCGAGGCCCAUCGGGGCGUGCCCUCCUGCCGCGGAACUGUUUCAACACGAACCUGUCCUUUUGCGUGGUAGCCUGCAUUGGGGCACAAAGCGACUGAUAAUGGUAUUUGACACCACCGCUGAGUUGUUCCGGCACAUGCGCUCUCCGAUUGUUCCCGGCCAUGCCAGGUCUGACCUGUUUGAGAUGGAUGACUUGCUUGGCCUGUACAUUCUUAAUCAAGAAGAGACCCUUGUUCAUGUCUGGGUGAUGCAGGACUACGAAGCCCAAGUCUGGGCCUCCAAAGCCCGGGUUCAAUUGCCGAUUGCAGAGCUAAGUGUCCGCGGUUUUUGGUAUGUGAAUGUUGCAUAUUGGGAUGGUGAUGUGCUUGUGCUGGUCGAUAAUGACAAGGACUCGCUACUUCAGUUUGACUUCGAUGGCAAGUUGAUUGCUAGUCUCCACUGCAGAUGUCUCUGCCAUAGUGGACUUCGGCUAAAACAAUCUCUAGUUUCACAUACAUGCUUUCCGGCACCAGAGGAUUAUGUUCACCUUUCAUCUGACCAGAUUGUUAUGUUCUGAAUAUUAUUUAGCUUUUCAUCAGAGCCUGUAUCAAGGUCUCAAU